CGCCCCCCUGUUGGAAAUUGGCAGUGUACUUUGGUUUAUAUCUUGUUUCAUACUUCUCAUACCCACGGAAAGAAAACAAAGGGAAAGAAUAGAUGAAAGCAAAAGGAAAGAGGACAUGACACUGCGAUAAUCAUGGCAAAUUACGUGUCGGAACCCAUUCCCUCCCCUGCCCAAGGUGUUGGCCCCCUCUACAGACCCGAUGGUGAAAAGCCCACAGCAACAGUAUCCAAAGACAUUUCGUACGAGAAUGUCCACAUUCUACCUCAAUCUCCCCAAUUGAUCGCUCUGUUGACCAUGAUCAGAGAUAAAAGAACUAGCCGUGCCGACUUCAUAUUUUACUCGAACAGAAUCAUUCGUCUCCUCGUGGAGGAGGGGCUCAACCAUCUGCCAGUGGUUGAACAAUCAGUCACAACCCCUGUAGGUCGCGUCUACCUCGGGGUCAAGUUUGAGGGGAAGAUAUGUGGUGUUUCCAUCAUGAGAGCAGGCGAGGCUAUGGAACAGGGAUUGCGGGAUUGCUGCCGUUCGGUCCGAAUUGGAAAGAUUCUCAUACAGAGGGACGAGGAAACGUGCAAGCCAAAACUUUUCUAUGAAAAACUCCCUGCAGACAUUGCCAAUCGCUGGGUGCUCCUCCUCGAUCCUAUGUUUGCAACAGGGGGGUCUGCAACACUUGCCGUUGAGGUCCUGAAGGCAAAAGGCGUCCCGGAAGAUCGUAUCCUAUUUCUCAACUUAAUCGCGAGUCCUUCCGGUGUUGCGGAUUUUGCAGAACGCUUCCCCAGGCUGAGAGUAGUUACAGCCUUCAUAGACCAAGGCUUGGAUGAUAAGAAAUACAUCAUCCCAGGGCUCGGUGAUUUCGGUGAUCGAUAUUAUACGCUGUAGCCAACAAGUAGAGACUCCGGGUCCUAGAACACUGUCCAUCAUUGGAUCAGAAUCUUGUAGAGUUCUCUAUUAUAGCCAUG